UUAGCCACGUAUUCUGCCGAGCUUAUAGCCAGGAAAAAAGUCACUAUGGCCAACACGGAGCAGGGGUGUUAUACCCUCAUCAAUAUUCCAUCCGAUUCAGAGCCACCAACUGAAAUGAAAUUGAAAGAGGACCUUGAGAAGGGAGAGACGAAAACCAAGAUUGAGGCCUUGAAAAAGGUGGUCCUGAUGAUUCUAAAUGGUGAAAAGAUGCCUGGCCUUUUGAUGACUGUCAUCAGGUUUGUGAUGCCUGUACAGGACCACACUAUCAAAAAGCUGUUGCUCAUCUUCUGGGAGGUAGUACCCAAAUAUUCAGGAGAUGGCAAGCUGCUGCAGGAGUUUAUCCUUGUUUGUGAUGCAUAUCGCAAGGAUCUCCAGCACCCCAAUGAAUUUAUCAGGGGGUCAACCCUCAGAUUCCUCUGUAAGUUGAAAGAACCAGAACUUUUAGAGCCCCUCAUGCCAGCUAUCAGAGCUUGUCUAGACCAUAGACACUCUUAUGUUAGAAGAAAUGCAGUGUUGGCAAUUUAUACAAUCUACAGGUAA